AUGUCGCCCGAUCCUGAGAAGCCGAAACGGGCUCCCCGGAAGCAUGUCACCACGGCGUGCGUGCCGUGUCGCGAGAGUAAGAUCAGAUGCGAUGGAUCUACGCCUUAUUGCCAGAACUGCGAGCGCAAAGGAAAAGCCUGCAAGUACCAGCAUGGUGAUGACAAGCGCAAGGUCUCUCUUCGAGCAGCGACAGAACUUUUCUCUGCGCGCAUCGAUCAGCUAUGCCAAUUCAUUCAUGACCAAGGACUCACGCCCCCGUCUAUGGACCCAGAAGACGAAGCAGGGAUGAACCGCGUCUUGGAUACGCUUCAAAUUCCGCGCGGAGUUUCUAAAGGUAAAUCUGCCGGCAUCGAUGACGUCCAGAAGAUAGAGUCAACCCCUCAUGUUCCGACCAAUGCAUCCCCUGCUCAAGGUUCACAGAGUGCCAGUCCAAAUGUACAAGUACAAUUGUCUAAGAACUCAGCAACCCCAGAAGCUUCCCCUCGAGGGAAUACUUCCAACCAGCCAUUUGAAGCCGCCAUGGACCCUUGGAACCCAUUUGGCAUGGUUCGAGGGGUCACUGACAACCAAAACUUUGUGCAUUGGGGCUUCACGUUGCCGACAGCAGAGAGCCUGGACACCAUUUAUGCUAAUUUGAACAGUCGUAUCGAAUCUGGACUUCCAGUCAAUUCAGGGCUAAGCCCGCAAAAUUUCCAAUUGGGCAUGGAUAUGGCUCAGCAGCCGGGCGAACAUGUGGGCCAAUUUUCCGCAGACCAAAGACAGGAUUCCGAUAGUGACGAAGAGAAUGAAGCCGAGAGUGAUGUGAUUGAACAGUUGUCCAAUCGAAUAGGCACUUUGAAAAUUGCAGGGGACGGUCAUUGGCGCUUCUACGGCGCGACCUCUAAUCUUAAUCUUGUGGAUGUUUCUGCAACCCAGCAACGGCAGCGGCCUGACGCACGCACAGUACGGCAUGACGGUCAGGAUAUUCUGAACCACCUGCGAGUGGGGCAAUCCGUCGAUCAGGCUCUAGAGGAUCAUCUAGUCGAGCUUUACUUUACGUGGCAGAAUCCAAGCAUCUAUGUCGUGGAUAAGGAGAUGUAUAUAACUGCCCGUACAAAAUGGCGGGAGGAAUACGACGAUACUCCAUUUUAUUCCGAAGUCCUGACGAAUGCCAUGUGUGCUAUUGGGAGCGCUUUUGAAGCACGAUAUCACCCUACAUUCAUCACAUUUCCCAAAUCUCUGGCAGAAUUCUUUGCAGACAGAGCCAAGGCUCUUUUGGAAAUCGAAUUAGACUCUCCAUGCGUUGCCACUGUCCAGGCACUCGUGCUAAUGAGCUGUCACGAGGGAGCCUCUAAUCGCGACGCACGUGGUUGGCUCUACAGUGGAAUGUCCAUGCGCCUUGCGUUCGAUCUGGGAUUGCAUAUCGACAUGACGCCGUAUGUCGACCAAGGAGAUAUGAGUCCCCACGAAGCCGACGUGCGCCGUGCAGCCUUCUGGGGGAGCUAUGUCGCAGACCAUUUUUGGGGCUUCUAUCUUGGCCGUCCUUUCCGCAUGAAUGCAGGAGAUAUCAGUGUCCCAAAGCCCGCCUCAGGUCUUGGGCCUGAAAGAGAAGAUCUCUGGUAUGGCUGCUCUGAUAUAUCACGGCAUGACUUGCAGCGGCUGUGUUUCCAAGUAACAGAAGAUCUGUUUGCCUGGAAAGCAAAUCUCCCCUCGGACUUGGAAAUAAAUCUCGAUGAUGAUACUACGCCUAGGUUACCUCAUUUGCUUGUCCUUCAUAUGCAAUAUCACCAAAUAAUCAUUUUCUUCCACCGUCCAUGGGUGUCGAAGAGCUAUAUUCAGCCUCGGAGUCCUCGCCAAGGACCCGGAUACCAUCAUGCUCGACGCAUGUGCAUUGAAUCCGCUACAGCAGUGGCUCGUCUGCUUCACAUAUACGAGAAACACUAUACCUUCCGCCGGAUGAACAACCAGGUGGUAGCCAUUAUCUUCAGUGCUGCUCUGAUGCUCCUUUUUGUCACUGUCUCUAGCUCUCCGUUGAUGCCUUCUAAGCCUGGAGAAACGAGCCAGCCUCACCCUCGCAACGCUGAAAUGGUGGCUUACCUCAAUCUUUGUUUCCGCGCACUUGAUGAAUUGGGCCAAUCUUUCGAAAAUGCCAAGCGAACCCGAGAUUACCUGGUUACUCUGCAACGUCGCUGGCAAGCCCAUAUGCGCCGUUCUGGUCCUGUCAAACGACAACUCAGCAGCGCUAAUCUGCGAUCGAAUCCACCUCCACGGGGUCCGUCGUCCUCCCAGCCAGGCGCCAAAAGAACACAGUCAGAUCCCUCGCGCAAGAAAUCGCGGCUAUCUGCUGCCCAAACUCAUACUCAAGUUGACGUAAAUCAGAAAGUCAUCCCAUCUGCUAUAAACGACGCUCCUGCCCUUCCCGCAUACCCUCCAUCUGAGCCACUAUCGUCUCAGCAGAACGCGCCCGUCUACGCGCAGCAGAACCUCCCGACAAUACCCCAGCCUGGGAAUUUUGACUGGAGCCCGACUACUGGUUUGGAUGUAACGCCUGCAGCCCAUAGCAUUGGAUUAUCUAACCCCAUGAACCCAGUCUUCCCUCAGUUUCCUGAUGAGCCGGGCAUGCUCCCCGAUCUGGGAGACAUGGAGGGCUGGUGGGGAUCUUCUCCCAAUGGCAGCCCUGGCCUCGGAGGCUCAUCUUUAUAA